CUCCCAAAUUCUACAUUCACCACCCUCUCUCUCUCUAUCUCUCUCUCUCUCUCUCUCUCACACACACACACACACACAAACAAACAAAGUACAUUAAUGGCGGACAGAGCAACACUAGCAAAGGCAAGAAGAGAGCUGGAAGAAAUGUAUCUCGGAAUCCCAGACGACUCUGUCAACCUCACUUUCGGAGACCUCGCCGACGUCAAACCCGAGAAGCGAAAGUCCGGUCCCUUGGAACCCAUCAAAGAACUCAACCCUAAAAAACAAGAACCCGCAACACUAACAAAACUUCCAAGCCUAGACUUCAGCAGGGCCUUUCUAGGAGCUUCCCACCACCACGUCGCCGCCGCAGAGGACUUUGCGAGCCACCGUGGAGGCGGGGAGAACCACCACCACCACAAUCAGCAUGUGGAUCAUCAUCGUGGGUAUAAUAGUAGUAGUCCGAGAAGACAUGCGAAGGAAACUAGUAUGGCUUAUGAUGACAUGAGUGUGUUUUCCACCAGCCCCUACAGGCAAGGAGGUGGUGGCGGUGGUGGACGGCGGCGACCGGGGAUUCCUCACUCUAAUAUAUGCACUGUUUGCAGUAACUACAUCUAUAUUUGCCGUCACCGGUGCCUGGUAUGUGGAAGAGCAUAUUGCAGGCAAUGUGUGAGCUUGGGUAUGGGAGAGAUGACAGAAGGAAGAAAGUGCAUCGAAUGUUUGGGGAAAAGAUUCAGCGAAAGGUACAUACAGAGGGCAGGACAGACAGGGUGCUGCAUGAAGUUCAGGUAUCCAAGUAUGGUGAUGCAACAAGAGCUUAAGUGGGCCGAGAAAGGGCCCAGGAGGAGUGGAGAGAGACGUUAUGGAUCCACUACUCACAGCACCAUGAUGUCCAGAUCAAGAAGCCCAAUAACUCCCAGAACCCCCACUAGGGCCCACUCUCACGGCGGCCCAGCUGAGACCCCUUCUUUUGUCAUGAACUCACCCUACUCUGCUUACUCUCCCACUAACCAUCCCCUCCCUUUUUAAAAUUAUAAAAAAUAAUCUUAAUUUUAAUCUUGUUCCCCACUUUAUUUUUUUUUUCUUAAAUUUGAAUUAUUCAUGUUGUUCUUUCUUCAUUUGUUUUAUUUUUGUUUUUCAUGACAAAACAAGAGUGUGCUGCUUAAUUUUUUUUUUCUUUUUUCUUU